GGGUUGAGAAGUUCAUGACUGAUAUGACCAAACACAAAGUGGUAGUAACUGGCCGGAUCAAUCCAGAGAAAGUCUUGAAGAAACUUAAGAAGAAAACAGGAAAGAGAGCAGAGAUUGUGAUUAAUAAAGAAGACCCUAAAAAUGAUGCAAAAGAAGAAGAUUCUGCAUUGCAAGGAACUUCAAAGCAAGUCGCAGAUUGCUUAGUGUUUGAUUAUUUUGGAGACUGCCUAGUUUAUACCAUGUUCAGCGAUGAGAAUCCAAAUGCUUGCUCAAUAAUGUAG